AUGCUUAGUGCGGCGGAGUCACCGUUUCAAGAUUAUUCGUAUGAGGACCGAAUGGAAUUUCAUAGAUGGUUUUGCAGCCGCCACCAAUCCGUCCUCUCCUGCCGACGUCCAUUCACCAGCAGGGAUUACUUGAUUGAGAAGAAUAAGUUUCGAACUGAGCUCGAAGAGGAGUUUCGCACAAAACGAGAGGAGCAGAUACCUCGGCCUCAGCGCUUGAAGCGCCAAAUCGACGACGACGAGGAUGCGGACGAGGAAUAUGAAUAUUUCAUGUGGAAGAAGCAUAUAAAGCGGAAGUGGAAGGAGGGAGACACCAUCAUCCACAACCACUACCAUAUGGAGCAACCCCAACAGACGUACUAUCAGCCAACUUAUCAAUACCCCAGCUACGGGCAAUACUAUCCACGCUACUAUUAUCCACGCUAUUAUCCAUACGGCUACGGUGGCUAUGGGAGCGGAUAUGGGUAUCCGAGAUACGGUUACGGUGGCUACCCGGGUUACGGCGGCGGCUACGGUGGCGGACAGGCGUUUAAUUUUGGGCUUGGAAGUGGACUAGGUAUCAUGACGCCGGGAUUCGGUUUUGGCCUGGGCUCAUUUUUGAAUAUCGGUGUUGGC